GUAUCAGUGGAGGUAGAAAAAUAAGAACGAUCACGUGACAAAACAUCGAAACAGGAACAAAAUGGCGAAUCCAUUCCUUGACGAAGAUGAAAUCAGCGGCCCAAAAGGGCCUUCAAAUCGCGGGUAUGGGGAAUUAGAAGACGGACGAAGAAACGUUUUGGAACAAAUCAAUGCGUCAGAAGAUCGACAACUUGAAAGUACCCGGAGAGCUCUGAGUAGUUUAUACGAUUCUGAAAGGAUGGGUGUAGCGACAGCAGAGGAACUUACACGUCAAGGCGAACAGCUUAAUAACAUAGAAGGUAAAGUGACAGAUAUUGAUAAAAAUAUGACAACCACUCAGAAACAUUUGAAUUCCAUAAAAAGUGUUUUUGGAGGAAUAAAGAACUGGUGGUCUACGAAGAAAGAGGAUCCUUCUCGACCUGAAGACGAGACGUCUACCCGGCUAAAGGUGGCCAUGGAAAAUCAGGGCGCCCCUUUGGGAGCUGAAGCAGGGCGAAGGAGGCCAGAUACAUCUGGGUUUGGAGAUGAAGACGAACUUGACAGUCAAUUCAUGGCAGGGUCAAGGAAAUCCGUUUCAAGUCAAGGUUAUGGACAGGCAUCAGGACAACAGAUUCUACAGCCUGUUACUGGUAGUAGUCGGGAAGAGGAAACAAACGACAAUCUAGGGUUGAUGUCCGACGGAAUGAGUCGUCUGAAGGACCUGGCACUAGGACUAGGAGACGAAAUUUCUCGUCAAAAUGAUCAGUUAGAUCGCAUUGCUCCUAAAGUUGACAAUGUGAACGUGAAAGUAGAAGAUCAGAACAGACAGAUGAGAAGGAUUCUGCAUAAAUAAGGAGUAUCCAGUAGGGGUGUCGCAAUACGCCUAGAGUGAAUCACGACAUAUUGUGACAGCCCUAGUGUCUAGUAUGGGUGUCACAAUACGCCUAGAGUGAAUCACGAUACGCCUAGAGUGUAUCACAAUACGCCUAGAGUGAAUCACGACAUAUUGUGACAGCCCUAGUGUCCAGUAGGGGUGUCACAAUACGCCUAGAGUGAAUCACGAUACGCCUAGAGUGUAUCACAAUACGCCUAGAGUGAAUCACGACAUAUUGUGACAGCCCUAGUGCCCAGUAUAAUUGUGUAGCAGCAAGUUUUGUUUUCUGUGACAUUUUGUAUGUGUACAGUUUAACUGCUGUUAGUAGUGAUGGUGAGGAAAAUAGAUUUUCUGUGUUUUAAGUGGCUAAGUGUUAAAGCCAUUCAAUAAGAAUGUUUUGUUUGCGGUUUCCCUACUACCGUAAACAAGAGGUGUGUGCUUCUUAGGUCAAAUACGGUAACCUUUUUCCCAGUGAGGAGGAGGUAGGGAUUUUUUUGUUUAUUUCCAGAAAUAUUAUGUUUAAACACCAACUAUCAGUGAGUUUUCAGCAAAAAACAAAACAAAACAAAAAAUUCGGUUGUUUUCAUUAAUGUUGAUAGUUAUGUGAGCAGCAGGUCAAUUAAAGAAGUGCAUGUACAGUAUAGGGAAUAGAAAUACCCCAGGUGUGUCUAGUCAUCUGUGCUAUGUCACAUGUCAUCUACAGUAAUCACAUUGUAAUCUGAUCACAAUAGUGUCAUUUUAUUAACUGUUACUGUAUCAUCACAGUUGAAAAAUGUGUGUAUUGUACAUAUGUUCCCACAUCUUUUCAUCAAAACAUUCAAGUUGCAGAACACUAUUUAAUAGUGCAACUCGAUGAAGGUUGCUUAGUUUAAUUUAAAAAUUUCAGCACAAUGUAUUGCAAAGAUAUUUCUUUUUUUAGUUUUCUGACUUUUCAAUUUUGCUGUUUUAUAAGUUUUUGCAAUCUGUACAGUGAAUUUCUAAAGAGCGUAACCUGCUAUACAGUAUAAAACUAUUUUCUAUGUGUCUUGUGGUAAGAAAGUCCUCCACACAUAUAUUUUAGUUAUAGGUUUCUGUGAAAUAUCUUGAUGAAAUGCUGUGUUAAUUUGUCCUUUUAUUAAUUAGCUUAUUUGAACCUUAAGUCAUUCCUUUGAUGUUCAUGACUGAAAUAUUUGCACUCAUUACAGGUGAUACAGUGUAUUUGUUGUUUAA